GACUCACAUUCGAAGACUGUUUACCAACUUAUCUCCAACUCCCAUCCUCCAAUCCCAUAUCCUUUGUCCCACGCGUUCAUCUUCAUUGACCGUAUAGCCGGACUACAUCUCCAUCCAGCUAGUACAGCAUUAUACAGCGGUUUGAUCAUGUGGAGCUUCAGCUUUAGAGACCGAGUUUUCGACAUCGCAGGGGAAGAUUUCAAGGUGGUGAAGCAGUUGACCGAGGAGGACGAUGAAGAACUGGGUCAACGCAAGGUUCAAGCAAUAGCCAGGAGACUAGACCAAAAAUACUUGCUCAAGAUACGCUAUCAGCUUGACCCGAAAGACUGUGAUCUAGACGAUCCAAAGGAGAUAUUGGAGUUUUCCGAACAGGACUUCUGCCAUGAAGCUGAGCUCACACAACUCCUGUCUACUCACGGAUAUGGGCCAAGGUAUCAUAAUCAUGAGACCCAGAAUCAGCCUGAAUGGAUGCCUUUUCCUGGAGGCUAUCUCGAAUUUAUCGUCAUGGACUUUCCACCUGGGGAGAACGUUGACGAGAUCCAAUUUGAUCUCACCGAUCGCCAGCGCAAGAGCAUCAGGACCAAGCUAGCGAAUCUAUUGGAGCUGAUGCGCAAGAACGACUACUGUAUGAGCGAGCAGCACCCCAGCUACCUUCAUUACGAUGCUCAGGCGGACAACCUUUACUUGGUAGAUCUUUCGGGCUUUGGAUACAUCGACUCAGCCAAAUCCUAUCCGAUCGAUGAGGAGAGUCCAUUUGUGACAGCGUUUAAUCUCUGGUGGAAGGAGUACCUGGAGUCUACUAGAGGAGGUCAGGAGUCCAGCGGAAUUCCAUUGUCUCAUCAACCAAUUAAGAAGGAGAAUCAGCCCCCGGGAAAGACUUAAAUUCUCUGCACAUCUGGCAUGACCAUGUUUGGCAGAACUCACUUUGACUAGCUUGAGGACUAGCUAGAGCAUCCCUUUGUUGUUGUCGGAGAUGCGUGCAGGGAUGAUAGGACGAAGAACUCAUUGUUAUCAUAAUCAGUAUAUAACAGUAACCAG